GCCACCACAGACCGAGCGAUUCCCGCUCCCCAAUCCGCUCCAGAAUUUCAAGGGUUUGGAUGCCCUUGUGUCGUAUGUAUGUUUGUUUUUUUCCUCUCUUUUUCUGGCCAAACCCAGUUAUUGCACUUUAGCGAAACGUUUUGUUUCGGUGAAUCCAGCGCGGUAUAGGUCUGCCCGUAGCUGGGUGAAGAAACAUGGGGAUUUGAUUCUAUUUCCAACGGGACAGGAAUUGGAUCGUGUUGGUACAUCAGACAAUAGUUGUAUUUUAGGUGGUGUCUGUCUAAAAAUGAAGCACCCGAAGCUAUGGAGAGCGUUACUUUUCAUGACGGUGUUGUACCAGUUUGGGACGUCAAGCAGAUACGGUUGUGUGUUUGAGACAAGGCUGUGCUCCAGGGAGCAGUUCUGCUCUGAUGACGGUCUCUUUGGGCAGUGCCGUACCUCUAAGCAGGACCAGGUGCAGUACCAGGUGUCAUUUCCUGUUUUGAAGAGGAUGCAGGAAGUCCUCAAGCAGCUCAUGCUACAGGGUCUGUCCUGGCAGGAUGACAUUACCCAGUACGUUGUUGCCAAAGAGCUGAGCAGAGUUCCUCACACCACACAGUCCCUAAAGGCCUCCUCCUUUUCACAAACCAAGCAGAGCUCCUCCAAUCAGAGAGCACACCUCAGCAGCUCCUCCAAUCAGAGAGGAUACCCCAGCAGCUCCUCUAAGCAGGGAGGAUACCCCAGCAGCUCCUCCAGUCAGGGAGGAUACCCCAGCAGCUCCUCUAAGCAGGGAGGAUACCUCAGCAGCUCCUCCAGUCAGGGAGGAUACCCCAGCAGCUCCUCUAGUCAGGGAGGAUACCCCCACUCCUCAAGUCAGGGAGGAUACCCCAGCAGCUCCUCUAAGCAGGGAGGAUACCCCAGCAGCUCCUCCAGUCAGGGAGGAUACCCCAGCAGCUCCUCUAAGCAGGGAGGAUACCCCAGCAGUCCUCCAGUCAGGGAGGAUACCCCAGCAGCUCCUCUAAGCAGGGAGGAUACCUCAGCAGCUCCUCCAGUCAGGAGGAUACCCAGCAGCUCCUCUAAGCAGGGAGGAUACCCCAGCAGCUCCUCCAGUCAGGGAGGAUACCCCAGCAGCUCCUCCAGUCAGGGAGGAUACCCCAGCAGCUCCUCUAAGCAGGGAGGAUUACCUCAGCAGCUCCUCCAGUCAGGGAGGAUACCCCAGCAGCUCCUCAACUCCUCCAGUCAGGGAGGAUACCCCAGCAGCUCCUCCAGUCAGGGAGGAUACCCCAGCAGCUCCUCCAGUCAGGGAGGAUACCCCAGCAGCUCCUCUAAGCAGGGAGGAUACCCCAGCAGCUCCUCCAGUCAGGGAGGAUACCCCAGCAGCUCCUCUAAGCAGGGCGAGGAUACCCCAGCAGCUCCUCUAAGCAGGGAGGAUACCCCAGCAUCUCCUCUAAGCAGGGAGUAUACCCCAGCAGCUCCUCCAGUCAGGGAGGAUAACCCAGCAGCUCCUCUAAGCAGGGAGGAUACCCCAGCAGCUCCCUCUAAGCAGGGAGGAUACCCCAGCAUCUCCUCUAAGCAGGGAGGAUACCCCAGCAUCUCCUCUAAGCAGGGAGGAUACCCCAGCAUCUCCUCUAAGCAGGGAGGAUACCCCAGCGUCUCCUCUAAGCAGGAGGAUACCCCAGCAGCUCCUCCAGUCAGGGAGGAUACCCCAGCAGCUCCUCCAAUCAGGGAGGAUACCCAGUCAGACGGUCUCUUUGGGCAGUGCCGUACCUCUAAGCAGGACCAGGUGCAGUACCAGGUGUCAUUUCCUGUUUUGAAGAGGAUGCAGGAAGUCCUCAAGCAGCUCAUGCUACAGGGUCUGUCCUGGCAGGAUGACAUUACCCAGUACGUUGUUGCCAAAGAGCUGAGCAGAGUUCCUCACACCACACAGUCCCUAAAGGCCUCCUCCUUUUCACAAACCAAGCAGAGCUCCUCCAAUCAGAGAGCACACCUCAGCAGCUCCUCCAAUCAGAGAGGAUACCCCAGCAGCUCCUCUAAGCAGGGAGGAUACCCCAGCAGCUCCUCCAGUCAGGGAGGAUACCCCAGCAGCUCCUCUAAGCAGGGAGGAUACCUCAGCAGCUCCUCCAGUCAGGGAGGAUACCCCAGCAGCUCCUCUAGUCAGGGAGGAUACCCCAGCAGCUCCUCUAAGCAGGGAGGAUACCUCAGCAGCUCCUCCAGUCAGGGAGGAUACCCCAGCAGCUCCUCUAAGCAGGGUGGAUACCUCAGCAGCUCCUCAAGUCAGGGAGGAUACCCCAGCAGCUCCUCUAAGCAGGGAGGAUACCCCAGCAGCUCCUCCAGUCAGGGAGGAUACCCCAGCAGCUCCUCUAAGCAGGGAGGAUACCCCAGCAGCUCCUCCAGUCAGGGAGGAUACCCCAGCAGCUCCUCUAAGCAGGGAGGAUACCUCAGCAGCUCCUCCAGUCAGGGAGGAUACCCCAGCAGCUCCUCUAAGCAGGGAGGAUACCCCAGCAGCUCCUCCAGUCAGGGAGGAUACCCCAGCAGCUCCUCCAGUCAGGGAGGAUACCCCAGCAGCUCCUCUAAGCAGGGAGGAUACCUCAGCAGCUCCUCCAGUCAGGGAGGAUACCCCAGCAGCUCCUCAAGUCAGGGAGGAUACCCCAGCAGCUCCUCCAGUCAGGGAGGAUACCCCAGCAGCUCCUCUAAACAGGGAGGAUACCCCAGCAGCUCCUCCAGUCAGGGAGGAUACCCCAGCAGCUCCUCCAGUCAGGGAGGAUACCCCAGCAGCUCCUCCAGUCAGGGAGGAUACCCCAGCAGCUCCUCUAAGCAGGGAGGAUACCCCAGCAGCUCCUCCAGUCAGGGAGGAUACCCCAGCAGCUCCUCUAAGCAGGGAGGAUACCCCAGCAGCUCCUCUAAGCAGGGAGGAUACCCCAGCAUCUCCUCUAAGCAGGGAGUAUACCCCAGCAGCUCCUCCAGUCAGGGAGGAUACCCCAGCAGCUCCUCUAAGCAGGGAGGAUACCCCAGCAGCUCCUCUAAGCAGGGAGGAUACCCCAGCAUCUCCUCUAAGCAGGGAGGAUACCCCAGCAUCUCCUCUAAGCAGGGAGGAUACCCCAGCAUCUCCUCUAAGCAGGGAGGAUACCCCAGCGUCUCCUCUAAGCAGGGAGGAUACCCCAGCAGCUCCUCCAGUCAGGGAGGAUACCCCAGCAGCUCCUCCAAUCAGGGAGGAUACCCCAGUCAGGUUGACAGACACCAGGACCACUUGAUAGUAGACCAUCUCCAGUCCCCCCUCCGCAUGCAGACAUCUCCCAUGGACCCCUUUACCUACCAACAGCACAGAUACCAGGAAGAUAUGGAGCGCUCCCUCCACCAGGGAAGAGGAGUCUAUGCAGGGCUCCGCCCCUCCGCCAGAUACCAACAGGCCAAACAGAGAGAGAGAGACCAUCAACUGCUACAGCACGUCAUCUCCCUCUAUCUGUCCUCUUCCCCUGCACAGCCCUCAUUCCGCCACCGGGGGGCAGCAGCCCUGCCGGCCCCACCCUACUACGAGGAACCGGAACUGCCUCUGGACUAUGUAGAGGACUACAGUCUGACAGAGCUGGCUAUGGCUAGAGCCAGACAACAGCAGCAGCUUCCACAGCAUGACUACAGCUCUCUGGCUGGGCUGGAUGAGUCUAUCCUACAGCGUAUGGUGGAGACCCUGGAAAGGUAUGGUAUUGGCCCUAGAGAGCUGACCCCCCAGCAGCUCUACAGACUGGCUGUGGUGCUGCAGCUGAUGCAGGCUGAGGACAAGAACAACAUAGAGCCACUUACCGAUGAUCCAAAGAAGACUCAGCAGGUUCUUAAAAGCAGUGACACAGUGCCCGAAAAGGUAGAGAAAGCUCCUGUCCUUGUCCCCGGGCCCAAAGUGGUCCCUACCCUGGCCUCAGCUGCCACUAGUCCCCCCAUCACGGCACCUCUAGAGGGCAGCGUGACGGCCAAGGACUCCUCCGUCUCUGUGGAGGAUGUGAAAGAGAAGGUGAAAAGCUCCAGUGUCCCAGCUGCUGAGAGGGGAACAGCAGACAGGGAGAAGUAUGGAUACAUCGUCACCAACCAGAGUCCUCUCAGUCUGUAUAAUGGGGUGAAACUACUGGGCGUACUUGCAGAGAGGAUCCACCUGACUACCAGCAGCUUCAUCAACAUCAGUGUGGUGGGCCCUGCCCUGACGUUCAGGAUCAGGCAGAACCCUCAGAACAUGAGUGCAGAGGAUAUGGCUGAGAAGGCUGGUGAGAACAUCUCUCUCUCUCUCUCUCUCUCUCUCAGGAGUGAGGGUCAUGGGCUGCCCCAUGCCACGUGGGUGAGGCGGGGCUCCAGUGGGCUGGUACUGACACUGGUGUCCAUGGCGUGUGUGGGCGGCGUGGUGGUGGUAGCAUUGACCAUCGCCUGUCUCCGACACCACACCAAGCAGCUGGCCUCAGGGAAACUGGGCCUCGGACCCGAGGGAGGACCGGAGACACACGUUGACUACCAGGAGCUCUGCAGGCAGCACAUGGCAGCCAAGCCGUCGUUCAGUCGUCAGGAGGCGGUGGGCGGGGGAGCGGGGGGUCGGAGGGGGACAGACACCUCCAGGGUGAGCAGUGUGUCGUCCCAGUUCAGUGACGGCCCACAACACAGCCCCUCCUCACACAGCAGUACGCCCUCCUGGAGCGAGGAGCCCGCCCAGUCCAACAUGGACAUCUCUACUGGUCACAUGAUACUGGCCUAUAUGGAGGAUCAUCUGGAGAAUAAGGACCGUCUGCUGAAAGAGUGGGAGGAUCUUUGUUCCUACCAGGCUGAACCCAGUGCUGUCACUGUAGCACAGAGUGAAGCCCACCUGGAGAAGAACCGCUGUUCGGACUCUCUUCCCUAUGAUCAUUCCCGUGUGAAAUUGAAGGCAGAGAGCAACUCCACCAAGGAAGACUACAUUAACGCCAGCACCAUAAUUGACCAUGACCCUCGGCUGCCUGCUUACAUCGCCACCCAGGGACCACUGGCACACACCAUCGCUGACUUCUGGCAGACUGUCUGGGAGAAUGGCUGUACAGUGAUAGUGAUGAUGACAGCCCUGGUUGAGGAUGGAGAGAUUCAGUGUGUUCGCUACUGGCCUGACGAGGGAUCCUCCCUCUACCACAUCUACGAGGUGAAUUUGGUCUCUGAACACAUCUGGUGUAAAGACUUCCUGGUUCGUAGUUUCUACCUGAAGAACGUUCAGACCCAGGAGACUCGUACCUUGACACAGUUCCACCUGCUCAGCUGGCCCUCCAACGGAAUCCCUACCUCCACACGCCCUCUGCUGGACUUCCGCAGGAAGGUGAAUAGGUGCUACAGAGCUCGAUCCUGCCCCAUCAUCGUCCACUGCAGUGACGGCACUGGCAGAACGGGAACCUACAUCCUUAUUGACAUGGUCCUCAAUCGCAUGGCUAAGGGCGUGAAGGAGAUUGAUAUUGCUGCGACAUUGGAACACAUUCGGGAUCAGAGACCAAACUUAGUCCGCACCAAGGACCAGUUUGAGUUUGCCCUGACUGCCGUGGCAGAAGAGGUCAAUGCCAUCCUGAAGGCUCUGCCAUAGUGAACCAUGUGUCUACCACCUCGUGUGCCAGAACCUUACAACUAGAAUUACCAUGAAAGUUAUGCAUCAUAAUACCAAUGACGGCCAUAUUGAGUGUCCCCCAUGAUUGCACCAUUCACACUGCUGUGGUCUGACGGGUUGUUGACGAUCUAGUAAUUCUAUUUCUAUGGCCAUUAUUAACCCUUCCUCUACAUCCAGAUACACAACCAGGGAGGAACUAAAUUUCCCAGAGUCCAUUACUAUUACACCAAUGACCAUAGGAGUCAGUAAGACCGAACAAACAGAUCUGAGGCCAGGCUGCUAUCAUUAUGCAUUCAUAAUGAAAUUAAAUGAGGUUUUAAUAAAAUCCUGUAGAUUAUUCCAUUCAGGCAAAAACACUUUAAAUGUACAGUAGGACCCCUAAACAAUGUCUUGUUAUUCGAUUUUAGAUUGAGAUUUGGUCUUAAAAUACUGUGUCUUGAUUCUGUAACAUUUCUCCUUUCUCUGAUUCUCAGUCUCAGACAUGUCUCACUAGAGAUAUCACAAUUACCAUGAUCCCUCCUGUUCUGUUGUCAUGGUGAUGUUAUAUUACCAUGAACCCUCCUGUUCUGUUGUCAUGGUGAUGUUAUAUUACCAUGAACCCUCCUGUUCUGUUGUCAUGGUGAUGUUAUAUUACCAUGAACCCUCCUGUUCUGUUGUCAUGGUGAUGUUAUAUUACCAUGAACCCUCCUGUUCUGUUGUCAUGGUGAUGUUAUAUUACCAUGAACCCUCCUGUUCUGUUGUCAUGGUGAUGUUAUAUUACCAUGAACCCUCCUGUUCUGUUGUCAUGGUGAUGUUAUAUUACCAUGAACCCUCCUGUUCUGUUGUCAUGGUGAUGUUAUAUUACCAUGAACCCUCCUGUUCUGUUGUCAUGGUGAUGUUAUAUUACCAUGAACCCUCCUGUUCUGUUGUCAUGGUGAUGUUAUAUUACCAUGAACCCUCCUGUUCUGUUGUCAUGGUGAUGUUAUAUUACCAUGAACCCUCCUGUUCUGUUGUCAUGGUGAUGUUAUAUUACCAUGAACCCUCCUGUUCUGUUGUCAUGGUGAUGUUAUAUUACCAUGAACCCUCCUGUUCUGUUGUCAUGGUGAUGUUAUAUUACCAUGAACCCUCCUGUUCUGUUGUCAUGGUGAUGUUAUAUUACCAUGAACCCUCCUGUUCUGUUGUCAUGGUGAUGUUAUAUUACCAUGAACCCUCCUGUUCUGUUGUCAUGGUGAUGUUGUUUAAAACCACAUUGUACUCUAGAAGGUAUCCAUCCAUAUAACAUAACAGCAUGAGGCCCGUGGCUUGUUUAUGCAAGAAGACAGAGACCCUCACUAUGGUGAGGAUGAAGUGAGUGACAUACUAGAGUACAAUACGUUACACCAGUUUCUCUAAGGGGCUGGCGUUUACCUCUUAAGUUUAACUCUAAACCCAAUGAUAUAUUUAUAUUCAUUUUGUAAUUGAACUAUUACUGUACACUGACGACCUAAUCACUCACAUCUGAAUCAUAUCAAUUAUUGUCUUCAAUGUUACUGUAAAACCUCUGUGUUUAUUGUAAAUAAUUCACCUUAUUAUUCAUUAUAUGUUUAUUAAUGUAGCAAACACAUAGAAAACAACUAUAAAAAUAUUUUUCACUCAAUGUAUGUAAUUAAAUCUCUAUUGUGAUGUGGUGCAACAGCA